AAUGCCUAAGGAAAUUCAAGAUGUUAAGGUGUUCCUCUCACUCAUGAAAGGUAAUGAAGCAUAAGGAAAAGAUGCUAGCAAAGAACCAAAAAAGAGUAUGAAUUUCUAUUUAUCUAUAUUCAGACCUCUAUAUCAAAGAGUCAAAGAAGAUCACCAAAUUUAAGUUGAGAGGCAAGAAAUAUCUCUUUACCUUCAAAACAGCUGAUAAGAAUAAGGCCCAAAAAAUUCAAUAAACACUUCCAUAAAGUAUAAUAUUCAUAUAAAUUGUUAGAUGUUAAUAAAAUUGUUAUCGGUAAUGGAGGAAAGAAAUAAUAAACAAAAAAGAAGUAAAAGAAAUGAGC